AUGCAUAUGCCAACCUUCGGGAAGGGGAUAUUCGGGCGUGAAAAGGCGAGCACACAUUCUGCAAGGGAGGGAAGAUGGGAGUUCAAAUUUCUCGACCGUCACCCCGUCACCCAAUACACCCCAUAUAAAGAGUUUUAUUCCCAGGAAUGCCCCGCCAUGUGUUCUCAGCUUCUCCCUCUCAAAUCUAGAGAUGAAACCGGACUCAAUACGCGGUUGCGAUGGGAGAUGGCUAAGUGGGAGCCAAUACUGUACACGUCGUCCCUCGACUCCCGCCCAGUCUCCACAUGGCAAACUCCAGAGUCGUCUUCCCGAGCUCGGCGGUGCUUGCAUGAUGCAUCUCGCAGCCGCAAGAGUGCGACCCAAUGGACUGGUAACCGGGAGAAGGGGCAACAGCAAGUCAACACAUCAGCAUGGCAGAGGGGAGGUUUGGAGUUCUGGACCAAUCGGAAGGGGACAAACGGUGGUUCUCGCAGCACUUAUGGGCUGAUGCGUAUCAUGGGACGCCAGAAACCAGCUCGAAUUGACGUCGAGUUCAUCCUCAUUUACGCCUGGCCCAAACCCCUGGUCAACCCCAACAUGACCCGCACUUUAAUGGGUCGCUUUCCGGGGUUUCCACCAGUUAACGAUGAGCCUAUCCCCUCCCCCGGCUUCUUUGACCACUCACCGAAGCCCAAGGCCGAUGCUGCAUGGCCGUUUCCCGCCACUAGCCACACCGUCGAUCGGUUUUCGAACUCGUCGAAUCGUCACAAGAACGCCAACGUUAGCCACGCGGACGGAGCAUGUUCGCUUCAGUCAUCACCCGCACUAAACCGGCAUGAGCUAAACACCUCCGUAGUCCGUACUCCAUUCCCCUCUUUCUCUCGAUGGAGGAUGAGUAACAACUUUGGGCUCGAUGCCCUCGUCUCCUUUGGUUCGGGACAUGACCAGGCCCAGUUCCAGGUUGGUUGUCUCGUCAAUACGGCCAACAAGCCUGCCAUUUGUUUUCAGGAAUCAAAACUAGUCAACUAG